AUGGAUUCCAUGUCGUUGGUGAAGGAAUUCAUAAGAAAAGAAGUCGCCGAAUGGGACGACGAAAUCAUGGCGACAGCCCGAUUCAAAGCAUUUAGUGGGCAAAGAUCCGAUUGGGAACCCAAAUACUUGUUUUGGAGAGAUUUGAUCCUUAAAAUUGCUCGACAUCUCGGCCUCUUCAUUAUUCGACCUUCUCAGGUAAAGGAGUGGUUUAAUCGUGGAGGUUUAACGCCUUUAUGCCUUGACCAUGUACUGUGCAUAAUGUUUAAUGAAGGUGAUCUUGUGCGAAGUGCGGAUCUUGUGGAUCCAAGUAGUGGGCGACUCUCUCAGUUAUUCAGAAAAGUUAGAAAUUUGAUGGUCAGAUCACCUAUUACUCCAGAAAUAAUUAUGCUUGAAGAUCAUCUCUUUCUUACACCAUUGUUGAAGGAUAAAACUGCUGAAGUUGUCAAACUCUUAUCUGAAAGUCAUUGGACAUCUUCGUGCAUUAUUACUAUGAAUAAGUUCCAGGGUAUGUGCGGAGGACCAACUGAGGCAACUGCACUCUUGAGUUAUCUUGCUGGACUUGGGAAAGCACAAUAUCUCUCAAUUUCUAAGAAGGAGGUUAUAGAGGGAGUGAAAAUUUCCCUUUCAUCAGCAUCUGUUCUUGCCAUUUCAAAUCUAGAUUUGGAAGUUCUGCACUUGAUUUGGACAACAAAAAAGCUUGAGGACCAAAUUGAUGUGAUCGACAGACGAUAUGAAAUGUCGAGAAAAUCAGCAUUAGCUUCUUUGAGCUCUGGAAACAAGAAAGUAGCUCUGAGGCAUGCUAGAGAGAUGAAGGUGGCCUCAGAGGGUAGAGAAAGGUGCGCAUCACUUUUGAACAGAGUGGAGGAAGUUCUGAAUGUCAUUGCAAAUGCUGAAUCUACAAAAAAGGUAUCUGAGGCCAUCCAAAUUGGAGCUCAAGCAAUGAAACAAAAUAAGAUAACUGCAGAGGAGGUUGAACUCUGUUUAGAAGAACUUGAGGAGAGUAUUGGUGUGCAAAAACAAGUUGAAAAAGCUCUAGAAUCAACUCCAGUCAUAGGUAUUGAAGAUGAUGAUAUAGAAGAGGAGUUCGAGAAAUUAGAGUUGGAAUUAGAAAGUGAAAACCUUCAAAUUCCAAAAAUAGAGGCUGGCAAUACAUCAGAAGAAAAGAAUAGUUUGGAGUCCACUGACUCACUAACUGAUGCUUUGUCAAAUUUAAAGCUUCAAGAUGGUUCAGCCAGGGAACCUGUAACUCAGAAGUCUCCAUUGCCAACGGCAACUAAAAAUUCAAAGCAUUUGCUGCUUGAAGCAGCAUAA